CGCGUCCCCCAACCCGCCCCUCACCCGCGCCCCUUCCCUGCCCUUUCCCUGGCCCCGGCCCCGCGACGCCCUUGCAGAGCAGACCUGAGCUCCGGGUUGGGUUGUUCCUGGACCCUGCAGCGUCUCCAAAUUAGCCCGCGGCUGAGCCGGAGCCUGUACCUCAACCAGCCAGUGAGCGAGGACGGCUGAGUCCGCAGUGUGUGCCACGAGGGUGGUCCCCAGAGUGUCCUUAAGUCGGUUCUCCCCGGUGGGGCUCCAAGGCCGACUGGAAUUAGCCGGGAGAGAAGGGGGGACCACACGGGCCUGGGGGGAUUAGAAUGUGCGCGCUGCGCGGGGCGCAGUCUGUGCGCGCUUGGCAGUGGCGGGAGUCCCUCUCGCAGCGCACGAGGCUCGAGGGGAGCGUGGAUGAGAGGGGAGCGGCUCCCCCGCCCCGGGGCGGGAACCUUUGGGUACGUAUAAUGGGUUCUAGAACUUGGAGGGGGCCGGGUUUCCUGCCAGAGCUGGCAGUAGGUGCUGGUGCGCGUGGGCCCGGAGGACCGAGGUCGUGUCUGUCUGCUACUGGGGAGGGAGAGGUGGUGUCCUGCCCCGGAGCCAGUGGUGGGGAGGGGGGCAUUUGCGGACAGGAGUGGGUCCCCGCAAAGAGCAGAAAGGAGGUGGUGUGUGUGUCCAUGUUGGAGUUCCAACCCGGGGCAGGCAGGACCAUAGGGGUGUUUGGGGGUGCGUGUAGACUCCUUGAGUGCCCAAGCCAGUUGCUUAAGCCGCCUUCAGGGCUGGGGCUUGGUCUGCCCCUUCCCACCCCCUUCCUCUGGAGGUCCCUCCGCCUGUUCCAGACGUAGCUUGUACACAUUUUCCAAUUUCCUGCGGGGCUCCACCCUGCAGCGGCAGCGGCAGCUGGGUGACUCAGGACCCCGGUGGCCGGGCCCCCAGCUCCAUGGGACCUUUGUUUGCUCCGGUCUUUGGCUCUGGCCCUGUGGCCUAGGGCGGUCAGAGGAUUUCCUGAGCCUCGCCCUUGCCCUCUGACAGCUGGGCCAGCAGGCCCCCGCUGAGGUCUGGGGCGGGAGGAGGGGGGGUGGUCCCUGAGUCUGGGGUUGCGGCCCCUUCCACUGGGCUCAGGAGAAGAUGGAACACACAGAGCCUGGGCCGACCCAGUGGCCCCCGGAGGAUGAGAAAGAGGUGAUCCGGCGGGCCAUCCAGAAGGAGCUGAAGAUCAAGGAGGGGGUGGAGAACCUGCGGCGCGUGGCCACAGACCGCCGCCACUUGGGCCAUGUGCAGCAGCUGCUGCAGUCCUCCAACCGCCGCCUGGAGCAGCUGCAUGGAGAGCUGAGGGAGCUGCAUGCCCGAAUCCUGCUGCCCGGCCCUGGGCCUGACCCGGCUGAGCCUGUGGCCUCAGGACCCCGGCCGUGGGCAGAGCAGCUCAGGGCUCGGCACCUAGAGGCUCUCCGGAGGCAGCUGCAUGUGGAGCUGAAGGUGAAGCAGGGGGCUGAGAACAUGACCCACACGUGUGCCAGUGGCACCCCCAAGGAGAGGAAGCUCCUGGCAGCUGCCCAGCAGAUGCUGCGGGACAGCCAGCUGAAGGUGGCCCUGCUGCGGAUGAAGAUCAGCAGCCUGGAGGCCAGUGGGUCCCCGGAGCCAGGGCCUGAGCUGCUGGCGGAGGAGCUACAGCAUCGACUGCACGUUGAGGCAUCCGUGGCCGAGGGCGCCAAGAACGUGGUGAAACUGCUCAGUAGCCGGAGAACACAGGACCGCAAGGCGCUGGCCGAGGCCCAGGCCCAGCUACAGGAGUCCUCCCAGAAACUGGACCUCCUGCGGCUGGCCUUGGAGCAGCUGCUGGAGCAGCUCCCUCCUGCCCACCCUUUGCGCAGCAGAGUGGCCCGAGAGCUGCGAACUGCAGUGCCUGGAUACCCCCAGCCUUCAGGGACACCUGUGAAGCCCACCGCCCUGACAGGGACACUGCAGGUCCGUCUCCUGGGCUGUGAACAGUUGCUGGCAGCCGUGCCUGGACGCUCCCCGGCGGCUGCACUGGCUGGCAGCCCCUCCGACGGCUGGCUUCGGACCAGGGCCAAGCAGCAUCGUGGCCGAGGCGAGCUUGCCAGCGAGGUGCUGGCUGUGCUGAAGGUGGACAACCGCGUUGUGGGGCAGACGGGCUGGGGGCAGGUGGCCAAACAGUCCUGGGACCAGACCUUUGUCAUUCCACUGGAGCGAGCCCGUGAGCUGGAGAUUGGGGUGCAUUGGCGGGACUGGCGGCAGCUAUGUGGCGUGGCCUUCCUGAGACUUGAGGACUUCCUGGACAAUGCCUGUCACCAGCUGUCCCUCAGCCUGGUACCACAGGGGCUGCUUUUUGCCCAGGUGACCUUCUGCGAUCCUGUCAUUGAGAGGCGGCCCCGGCUGCAGAGGCAGGAACGCAUCUUCUCUAAACGCAGAGGCCAGGACUUCCUGAGGGCUUCGCAGAUGAACCUCAGCAUGGCGGCCUGGGGGCGCCUCGUCAUGAACCUGCUGCCCCCCUGCAGCUCCCCGAGCACGAUCAGCCCCCCCAAAGGGUGCCCUCGGACCCCAACAACAUCACGAGAGGCCUCUGACCCUGCCACUCCCAGUAAUUUCUUGCCCAAGAAGACCCCCUUGGGCGAAGAGAUGACACCCCCACCCAAGCCCCCGCGCCUCUACCUCCCGCAGGAGCCAACAUUCGAGGAGACUCCGCGCACCAAACGCCCCCACAUGGAGCCUAGGACUCGACGUGGGCCAUCUCCACCAGCCUCCCCCACCAGGAAAGCCCCUCGGCUUCAGGACUUCCGCUGCUUAGCCGUGCUGGGCCGGGGACACUUUGGGAAGGUCCUCCUGGUCCAGUUCAAGGGGACAGGGAAAUACUACGCCAUCAAAGCACUGAAGAAGCAGGAGGUGCUCAGCCGGGACGAGAUAGACAGCCUGUACUGCGAGAAGCGGAUCCUGGAGGCUGUGGGCCGCACAGGGCAUCCCUUCCUGCUCUCCCUCCUUGCCUGCUUCCAGACCUCCAGCCAUGCCUGCUUUGUGACUGAGUUUGUGCCUGGUGGCGACCUCAUGAUGCAGAUCCACGAGGAUGUCUUCCCAGAGCCCCAGGCCUGCUUCUACGUGGCUUGUGUUGUCCUGGGGCUGCAGUUCUUACAUGAGAAGAAGAUCAUUUACAGGGACCUGAAGUUGGAUAACCUUCUGCUGGAUGCCCAGGGAUUCCUGAAGAUCGCAGACUUUGGACUCUGCAAGGAAGGGAUCGGCUUCGGGGACCGGACUAGCACCUUCUGCGGCACCCCGGAGUUCCUGGCUCCCGAGGUGCUGACCCAGGAGGCGUACACACGGGCUGUGGACUGGUGGGGGCUGGGUGUGCUGCUCUAUGAGAUGCUGGUGGGUGAGUGCCCUUUCCCAGGGGACACGGAGGAAGAGGUGUUUGACUGUAUCGUUAACAUGGACGCUCCCUACCCCGGCUUUCUGUCGGUGCAAGGGCUUGAGCUCAUUCAGAAGCUCCUCCAGAAGUGCCCGGAGAAGCGCCUCGGGGCGGGUGAGCAGGAUGCCGAGGAGAUCAAGGUCCAGCCGUUCUUCAGGACCACCAACUGGCAAGCCCUGCUCGCCCGCACCAUCCAGCCCCCCUUCGUGCCCACCCUCUGUGGCCCUGCGGACCUGCGAUACUUUGAGGGCGAGUUCACAGGGCUGCCGCCUGCCCUGACCCCACCUGCACCCCACAGCCUCCUCACUGCCCGCCAACAGGCCGCCUUCCGGGACUUCGACUUUGUGUCAGAGCGAUUCCUGGAGCCCUGAGGGCAUCUCCUGGCACCUCUGUCCCCUUCCCCCACAGACUGCUAGAGCCUCUGCUUGCCUACCUGUGUGCCCUGCCUGGAGGUCCAGGCCUUGCCGGGUACUUAUGAGCCCUUGGGACUCGAGGUGGCAGCCAUGGGGCCACUGAUGUGGGCUUUGCUCAGUGUCACUGGGCAAAGUGUGUCCCCUCCCCCUCCAGCUCGCCCUCCUCUACCUCCCAGCGAGACCUGGCCCAGAAAGGGUGCCGCAGCAAGGAGUGAUGUAGUUUGUCUUUUUAAGACUGGACUUGCUUUAUAGACUAUUAAAUUUGUAAAAGUGUG